CAGCAGAGGAGGGGGAGGUAUACGCACACCACACACACACUCUCUCACACACAAGCUGGCUCACACAGCCACAUUUUCUCAGGCUGCUCCGCAGACUGACAGCAGAAGACGUAGGAGGAGAGAACAGAAAGAGAGUGAGAAAAGGAAACAAGGGAAAUAUCAACCGAGCCAGAAGAGGAGAGUCAAGCAGCACUUAUCCUUUUUCUUUCUCCAAUCAGCAUUAAAUUAAACCACAGAGAAUAUAGAACUCUUUGUUAAUCUGUAACUGAACAGAGGCUGCUCUGCUCUGUUCUGCUGAGAGGGACCUGUUCUGCUCUGCUCUGCUCUGCUGAGGGACCUGCUCUGUUCUGCUGAGGGACCUGCUCUGCUCUGCUGAGGGACCUGCUCUUCUGAAGGACCUGCUCAUUCUCCAGGACUAUGGCACCACAUCUGAGACAUGGAUUCUCGGUCUCUCUUUCACAGCGCUGGGGUAUUCUUCUCCAUUCUCUCCUUCUCUCCGUCUAUUUCCUGACUGUUGCAGGAUUCAACCUGGAUACUAGCAUGACUCUGACCAAGGAGGGGGAGACCGGCAGCUUUUUUGGAUUCUCAUUAGCGCUUCACCAGCAACUCACACCAGAACCACACAGUUGGAUCCUGGUGGGGGCGCCACGGGCCAGAGGACUGGGCAUGAUGCAGAGGAAGCGCCCUGGCGCUCUGUACCGCUGUCCAAUCACAAGCGAGGAGUUUGACUGCGAGCGCGUGGACAUCGAUGGAGACGUAAACCUGGACUGGGAAAGCAAGGACAACCAGUGGCUAGGAGUAACAGUCAAGAGCCAGGGGAUUGGAGGAAAGGUGGUGGCGUGUGCCCAUCUGUACGAGCUGCGUCAGCGCGCGGGCCUGCCAUCGGAGACGCGGGAUCCCAUCGGGCGUUGCUACGUGCUCAGUGAGGACCUGACCGAGAGGGAUGACCUAGACGGAGGAGAGUGGAAGUUCUGUGAGGGGCGACCCCAGGGACACGAACAGUUUGGCUUCUGUCAGCAGGGUCUGUCUGCCGCCUUCACACCCGACAACCAAUUUAUCAUGUUCGGAGCUCCUGGAACGUACAACUGGAAAGGAGAGAUGCGUGUCCAGCUACUAAACCAGACUUUACUGGAUCUGGGUUUCUAUGACGACGGGCCCUAUGAAGUGGCGGAUGAGAAACAGCUGAAUGCUCAGCUGAUCCCUGUACCCUACCAUAGUUACCUGGGCUUCUCAGUGGACUCUGCUACAGGCAUAAUGAGUCGUGGUGAGCUGACCUUCGUGGCGGGGGCUCCGAGAGCCAAUCACACGGGAGCGGUGGUGCUGUUGCGUAAAGAUAACAUGUACCGCCUGGUGCCACAGCACAUCCUGUGGGGAGAGGAGCUGGCUUCUUCCUUUGGGUACUCUGUGGCUACGGCUGAUCUCAACAGUGACGGCUGGACUGACCUGAUAGUGGGAGCUCCUAACUACUUUGACCGAAAAGCAGAGAUCGGAGGUGCUGUGUACAUCUUCCUCAACCCAUUCGGUAACUGGGAGUAUGCUCAGCCAAUCAGGCUCAACGGAACCUAUGACUCCAUGUUUGGAUUGACCGUCAACAAUGUGGGAGACUUGGACAGGGACGGAUAUGACGACAUCGCUGUGGGGGCUCCGUUCGAUGGAGAUGGCAAAGUGUUCAUCUAUCGAGGCUUGUCCUCAGGCAUCGACACCAAGCCUGCACAGAUCCUGGAUGGAGUGGACGAGGGGGUGAAGAGGUUCGGCUACUCCAUCUCAGGCGGCAUGGACAUCGAUGGGAACCUGUACCCUGACCUGGCAGUAGGCUCUCUCGGUGAUAAGCUGGUUCUGUACAGGUCUCGCCCGGUCAUUCACGUGACCCGGGACGUGUCCAUCGAACCUCAGCAGUAUAUUGACUUGGAGCAACACAACUGUAAGGGGAGAGAUGGAGUGUGUGUGGAGGUCAAAGCCUGCUUCACCUAUACUGCUUAUCCAGAGACCUACUCACCAGACAUCACCCUGGUCCUACUCAUCGAGGCUGACACCGAGCGCAGGAAGCUCGGCCUGCCCCACCGUGUUAGCUUCCUGGGUCGCAGUGCACAGGCGGCGGAGUACACACACACUGACGAGGUGGAGCUGAAAGGUCAACGCCAUCCCGCCUGCCAGAGCGCCACCUUCCAACUACACGAGAAUAUCCGUGAUAAGCUGCGUCCCAUCUCUCUAGCCAUCACCCACACCAUCAGACCCCCCAUGUUCUCUUCAGACACUAACCCAGAGGAACGAGACACGCUACCUCCCGUACUGAGUGUUUCCACCUCCAACACCCUGCACUCUGAGGUGAAUUUCCUGAGGGAAGGAUGUGGCGAUGAUAAGAUCUGUCAGAGCAACCUGAAGUUGACCUACCAGUUUGGAACCCGACCUCCCACCUCUGACCUCUUCACCCCUCUGCCAAGGGAUGAUGAAGAGGUGGCUGUGUUUUCUCUGUCUGACCAGAGGUCUGUGGUGUUGGAGGUGACCGUCACCAACAUGCCCUCAGACCCUCUGUCCCCAGAGGAGGAUGGAGAUGAUGCCCAUGCUGCCCAGCUACUGGUGACCCUGCCAGACACCCUGUCCUACUCUGGCUUCAGGGGACAACAGGUGGUGUGCCAGGCCAAUCAGAACGGCUCUCAGGCAGAGUGCGAGCUGGGAAACCCUCUGAAGAGAGAUGCUAUACUGAAAUUCUACAUCAUCCUCAGCACGUCUGCUAUCACCAUAGAGACCACGGAACUCACUGUCAACCUCCUGUUGGCUACUAUCAGUGAACAGCGAGACCUGGCCCCAGUCACAGCCGUGGCUAAAAUCAUCAUCGAGCUCCCCCUGGCUGUCAGUGUGCUGGCCAGACCACACCAGCUGUUCUUCAGUGGGGCUGUGAAGGGAGAGAGUGCCAUGGAGACCCUGGACGAUGUGGGCAGUGCUGUGGAGUUUGAGUUUACGGUGACCAACACCGGGCCGUCCCUGCAGACUCUAGGCUCCGCCUUCCUCAACAUCAUGUGGCCUCACGAGCUGUCCAAUGGGAAGUGGCUCCUGUACCCCACUGCUCUCCACUUCCAUGGCCAUCCAGAAACACACUGUACCCCCCACACCUCCCUCAACCCACGCAAGUUCUCCCACAGUUCUCCUUCUGACGACCAGCCACAGGCAGCAGGCCUGAAGGCCAGCAGGAAGGGGCGUUCCAACCCAGAAGAGGAGGACCAUGUGAUGACCAAGGGCAGUCUGGGUAGGACUACGCCUGCUGUGGCUGCCUCAGAGAGACGCAAGUCACUCAAACUGGACUGUCUGCUGGGUUCAGCGCGAUGUGUGCUGUUCCAGUGUCCUCUCCACAGCUUCUCUGACUCUGCUGUCCUCAAGAUCCAGGGACGCCUUUGGAACAGCACCUUUCUGGAGGAGUUCCCAUCAGUCAGUGCUCUAGAGCUGCUGGUUAGAGCCAACAUCACAGUCAAGUCCAGCAUCAAACACUUGGUGCUGAGGGAUGCUGCUGCACAGGUCCCAGUGAUGAUUUACCCAGAGGUUGGUCUGACUGCCCAGUACUGGAUCCCCUGGUGGUGGAUUCUCAUAGCCAUCCUGGCUGGUAUCCUGGUGCUGUCUCUGCUGGUCUGCAUCCUCUGGAAGUGUGGUUUCUUCCGUCGGGUCCAGUAUGAAGACAAAGUGCCUCAGUACCAUGCGGUGAAGAUCCCCCGUCAAGACCGGCCCCAGUUCCAGCAGAGCCAGCAGAAGGCAGGGAUCCUCCAGAAGAAGGAGUGGGCCACACACUGGAGUGACGGAAGCUCCUGAACAACAUCAACAAACAAGGACUAGAAUAACAACAAACACCCAUUCAACCGUACGGCACUCACUAACUCUGCAGUGGAACAAACGUGUGCAGACUGACCGCGUCACAACACUGUUGCGGACAUUGAGGCUAUGUCCCGAUUCAUCACCCUUCUUCUGAAGUGUGCACACUUCCCAUCGUGGAUUUAUCAAUGGUGAAAACUCGCUCAAGCCAAUGGUAUUCUACUGUAUUCUACUGUAUUCUACUGUAUUCUACUGUAUUCUACUGUAUUGUCCUUUUAGAAUGACUGGAUCAAUAUUCUGAACUGCUACUGCUGACUGACUAUCUGACUGACUGACUAUCUGACUGACUGACUGACUAUCUGACUGACUGACUGACUAACUGACUGACUGACUGACUAUCUGACUGACUGACUAUCUGACUGACUGACUGACUGACUAUCUGACUGACUGACUGACUGACUAACUGACUGACUGACUGACUGACUAUCUGACUGACUGACUGACUGACUAUCUGACUGACUGACUAUCUGACUGACUGACUGACUAUCUGACUGACUGACUGACUAUCUGACUGACUGACUAUCUGACUGACUGACUAUCUGACUGACUGACUAUCUGACUGACUGACUGACUGACUAUCUGACUGACUGACUAUCUGACUGACUGACUGACUAUCUGACUGACUGACUAUCUGACUGACUGACUGACUAUCUGACUGACUGACUGACUAUCUGACUGACUGACUGACUGACUAUCUGACUGACUGACUAUCUGACUGACUGACUAUCUGACUGACUGACUGACUAUCUGACUGACUGACUAUCUGACUGACUGACUGACUAUCUGACUGACUGACUGACUAUCUGACUGACUGACUAUCUGACUGACUGACUAUCUGACUGACUGACUAUCUGACUCUCUGACUGACUGACUGUCUGACUGACUAUCUGAGUGACUGACUGACUGACUGACUAUCUGACUGACUAUCUGACUGACUGACUGACUGACUGACUGAUUGACUAUCUGACUAUCUGACUGACUGACUGACUGACUGACUAACCGGGGAGAAUCUAUGUGUACCAUGCAUUGGUGUUUACUGACUGUAAUACUGCACACAGACUUCUGACUAGAUCAAUACCUAUCAGAUUGAUCAAUACAUAUUGAUAGACUGAACACUGACACUCAAAUUGACUUUUACUGCUGACAGGCAUCAAUAUUCACUGAUCUUUUCUGAUAGGCUAAUAGAUCAACACACACACACACACACACACACACACACACACACACACACACACACACACACACACACACACACACACACACACACACACACACACACACACACACACACACACACACACCCUUAUUUCAAAGCCAAUGCCUAUGACUCGGACUGCUUCUUGUCAUAACUACUGUACUGUAAGAUCGAAAAGGGCAAAGAGAAACGAUGUUUAUAUAUUAUUGUUUAGCGUUUUAAUUUGAGUCACUGUAAUACUACUGUUGGUACAGCGUUAUAAUGGAAAUGAUCUGACAACACCAGCUCCCGUUUAGAUAAGAUGGAUCAGAACACGUUAGUCUGUUGUCUUUUUCAAGUCCUUAGUGUCUUAUUCAUUAGGACACACCGUGGUAAAACGUUUCGCAACGGAAAACCAAAGCAAGUGUUUCUUACAAAAGUUCAGAUUGUCCCUUCUGUUUUCUUCCUUUUGGUACCUAAUGAACACUGCCCAGCCUUCUGACUGCGCACCGCUAUGGCCAUAACAUUGGAAUCAGUUGAAUUGAUUGUGUUGUAACUAAUUCAAGCACUGUGUCCUCUAGAGAGUUUAGGCUUUUGUUUUGUUUCCUGUCGGUCGGCUGUGAGGAACAGCCAUUGAGGAAUUCACAAUAACAAUCCAUCACCUGAACGAUCUUGAACAAAACACCUUCAACACCUUCAACAAUAUCGACAGCUUCAGCUCAUGGUAGGAGAUAUUAGAUACAAGCAAAGUUUAUAUUUGUGGUUGAGUACCACAUUGUUCAGGUACUUCACAUAUCCCCCUGCAGCCCCUUAGAUGUCCUCAAUCAUUUGAAACCUUGAUGGGAAAGAUGAUUGUAAAUAAUAAUUUAUUACAGUUUGUAUUUACAGAAAAGUGCCUUAUGGCUUAACUCAGAAAGAGAGAGAAUGAAUUGGUAGGAAGAGGAUGAUAAUUAACUUUGGAGCUACUGAAGGUUAACUGAAGGUUUUCUGAAGGUUUACCGAAGAUUUACCAAAGGUUUACCGAAGGUUAACUGAAGGUUAACCAAAGGUUUACUAAAGGUUUACUAAAGGUUUACUGAAGGUUUUCUGAAGGUUUUCUGAAGGUUUUCUGAAGGUUAACCGAAGGUUUACUGAAGGUUUACUGAAGGUUUACUGAAGCUUUACUGAAGAUUUAAAGAAGAUUUACCAAAGGUUUACUGAAGGUUUACUAAAGGUUUACUAAAGGUUAACUGAAGGUUUACUAAAGGUUAAGGUACAUAAUUUGUAGAGUGUUUCACGACCCAGUUUAAAACCUACAACUAGGGCCUGGAGUUCUCUCUGAUCAGGUUACGUGGUCUGGAUAAACUCCUGGCCCUAUCACCCCUGAAGUGAAUGGAUAUGAGAAGUUGAGCAGUGAGACUAUGGUGGAAUAUACAGUGCUGUACACACACUGAAUAUACUGCCCUGUACACACAAUACAUAUACAGCCCUGUACACACAAUGAGAAUACAGCCCUGUACACACAAUGAAUAUACGGCCCUGUACACACAAUGAAAAUACAGCCCUGUACACACAAUGAGAAUACAGCCCUGUACACACAAUCAGAAUACAGCCCAGUACACACAAUGAGAAUACGUCCCAGUACACACAAUGAAUAUACUUCCCAGUACACACAAUGAGAAUACGUCCCAGUACACACAAUGAAUAUACUUCCCUGUACACAAUGAAUAUUAUGCCCUGUACACACAAUGAAUAUACGUCCCUGUAUACACAAUGAGAAUAUGUCCCAGUACACACAAUGAAUAUACGUCCCUGUAUACACAAUGAGAAUACGUCCCUGUAUACACAAUGAAUAUACGUCCCUGUACACACAAUGAGAAUACGUCCUUGUUGUCUACUGGGCCUAUGAGCUUGUAGAGUCUACUUUGUGAUUUAGAAAUUGCUGGACAAUCUUGUAAUAAAUGCAUUAAAGAAUAUUGGUGUUGUUCAGACAAAAACAUUUUUUUGGGGGGGUCAUGAUUUGAUUAAUUUGUUUUACCAUUGUAAAUAGCAACAAAAGUCAAAGACUAAUUAAAUGAAUUUAGUUUGAGAA